AUGGCCAAACCCCGGAGACAAGCUCUAAGGGGAGCUGGUUACCUGUCUCAUGCUCAAUCCACCUCCUGCCUUUCCCUCACAGAGGAACUCUUCUUAGAUGCUGCAGAAUAUGGCAACAUUCCUGAAGUGAGACGGAUGAUAGAGGAGCUGCAAGACCUCAAUGUCAACUGCGUAAACUACAUGGGCCAGAAUGCACUGCAGCUGGCAGUUGCCAAUGAGCAUUUAGAGGUGACUAAGCUCCUUCUUAGGAAGAAAGACCUCGCUAGAAUAGGAGAUGCUUUGCUGUUAGCCAUCAGUAAAGGCUACAUCCGUAUAGUGGAGGCCAUACUGACCCAUCAGGCCUUUGCAGACGGUCAGAGGCUUACUAACAGUCCCGGCCAGGCAGAGACACACGAUGACUUCUUUGCCUAUGAUGAGGAUGGCACACGUUUCUCUCACGACAUCACUCCCAUCAUCCUGGCUUCCCAGUGUCUUGAAUAUGAAAUAGUGCACAUACUUCUUAUGAAGGGGGCCCGCAUAGAGCGACCUCAUGACUACUUCUGCCAGUGCACGGCCUGCAGUGAGCAGCAGAGGCAUGACUCAUUUAGUCAUUCACAGUCCCGCAUCAAUGCGUAUAAAGGUCUGGCCAGUCCAGCCUAUCUGUCCCUCUCCAAUGAAGACCCUGUGAUGGCGGCUCUGGACCUGGGCAACGAGCUUGCUGUUCUGGCAAACAUUGAAAAGGAGUUCAAGAAUGAUUACAAGAAACUGUCCAUGCAGUGUAAAGACUUUGUGGUCGGACUUCUGGAUUUGUGUCGAAACACAGAGGAAGUGAAGGCCGUCUUAAAUGGGGACAUUGAUUCAUGUCAAAGCUCUGAAACCUUUGGCAGACAGAACCUUAUCAGGUUAAAACUUGCAAUAAAAUAUGAAGUUAAAAAGUUUGUGGCACAUCCAAACUGCCAACAGCAACUCCUCUCCAUCUGGUACGAGAACUUGCCUGGACUGCGUCAGCAAACCACAGCAAUUAAAAUCCUUCUUGUCCUUGGUAUAGCUGUUUGGUUGCCUGUGCUGGCCUUUAUGUCCUGGAUAGCACCAUCAAGUAAGUUAGGGAAACUCAUGUGUGGACCUUUCCUGAAGUUUGUGGCCCAUGCAGCUUCCUUUAUGAUAUUUCUUUGCCUACUGGUCCUGAACGCGGCAGACAGGUUUGGGGGAACAUCGCUGCUGCCUAACAUGACCAUCCACGAUCACCCCUCACAACUGUUUCGUAUGAAGACUACCCCCUUCACCUGGAUGGAGAUUCUCAUCAUAUCCUGGGUCAUAGGGAAGAUAUGGGAAGAAUGUAAAGAUAUUUGGUCGCAGGACAUCCGGGAAUACAUCUCAGAACCCUGGAAUCUUCUUGACUUUAGUAUAUUGGCCAUUUUUAUGACCUCUUUCAUUGCCAGAUUAAUGGCCUUCUGGCAUGCAUAUUCUGCCCAGUGUUAUGUUGACAAGUACUAUACUGAUCUGUUCAACACAACCUUGCCAUUUGAGAUUCAGUAUUUCCAGCUGGCUCGAAUCAACUGGAUGCCCUCAGACCCGCAACUUAUUUCUGAAGGCCUCUAUGCAGUUGCAGUUGUGCUGAGUUUCUCUCGCAUUGCAUACAUUCUGCCUGCAAAUGAGAGCUUUGGGCCUCUACAGAUCUCUCUGGGAAGAACAGUAAAAGAUAUCUUUAAGUUCAUGGUGAUUUUCAUAACAGUUUUUGUGGCUUUCAUGGUGGGGAUGUUCAAUCUGUACUCAUACUACCUCGGAGCCAAGCACAAUGAUGCCUUUACAACGCUCGAAGAGAGUUUUAAAACAUUAUUUUGGGCCAUCUUUGGCUUGUCAGAAGUGAAAUCAGUGGUCAUUAACAUCGACCAUAAGUUCAUUGAGAAUACUGGCUAUGUUUUGUACGGGGUGUACAACAUCAUCAUGGUGAUAGUCUUGCUGAAUAUGCUCAUUGCCAUGUUCAACAGCUCCUUCCAAGAAAUUGAGGAUGAUGCUGACGUUGAGUGGAAGUUUGCCAGAGCUAAGCUUUGGUUCUCUUACUUUGAGCAUGGUGUCACACUGCCUGUGCCAUUCAACCUUGUACCCAGCCCUAUGUCUGUCGUUUCCCUCUUGCUGGCGAUAAAGGAAUUUCUCUGGCAUGUACCUCAAGGCAAAAGCAAAGAAAAUUCAAAUGAUGAGAUGGAACUUAACAAGGUGAGGCAUCAGCUGCCGACGCAAAUUAUAUUUCAUGUAAACAAGAGGCAACAAGAAGAUCUGAGUGUGGAAACAUCGCUUUGUCCAACCCGUCACCAGAAGAUAAUGAACCGCCUCAUCAAAAGAUACAUCUUAAAAGCACAGAGAGAUAAAGACAACGAUGAAGUGAAUGAAGGUGAACUUAAAGAGAUCAAACAGGACAUCUCCAGUCUCCGCUAUGAGCUGCUGGAAAGGGGGAAACACGACAUGGAGACACUGGCAAAGCUCAUCAGGCAGCUGGGAAAAGUAAUGGAUGUUCAGCAGAAAGAAGAGCUGGUUCCUAAAGAAUGUAACUAUUAGAGUUGUAUUUACUGUACUCUUCUCAUU